CCUUGCUUCAUCUUUUGUUUCUUGUCGAAUUCAAGUUCUCUCAAAUCAUGGCAAGGUUUCGCAGAUGAGGAAAACAUCGCAUCGGCCGGUUAUGUCGGAAGGACGAGUCGAUAGGGGCGCGGGCUGCCAGACCAUUUUGGGUCUAGAGGCAGCUGUCCAAGAAACCCUAGGCUUGCUUGGCCACUGGCGUCGUGGCAUGCGUACGACAACAUUGGGGUGAUUGUUGACAUUUCCCUUUUUGUAUGCGUCAUUGCACAAAGUCCUCUCGACUUCCAUAUACCACGGCAUUGUUUGAUGAUGAGGAUGAAUGAACGAGUGUGAUGCCACGAUCUCAGAACCUCCGUCUUGUGGGAGCUGGUCUCCUGAUAUUGUUGAUCUAUGUUUGUUGGGAUAGCAUUGCAUCCGCUCUUGGUCACCAGAAAUUCAUCACGGCUCAGGAGUUUACGAGUUUUGGCGAUGUUAUCAUCAAGGCAUUGAAGGAAAGUUCUCCUGGUGAAGUUGAGAUACAACGAGCAGGCCAGGCAGCCGCUGUUGUCUUCUGGACGACCAAUGCAGAAACCCCUAGGCCGGAUCAUCUCAACAUCACAUCCACUGACAUUGCGACUAUGCGAUUCGCACAUACAGCAUACUUGAAAUAUGCGCGACAAAUGUCUUUGCCUUUCCAGAAAGGGGCUUCUGGUAUUGUCUCUGCGGCUGCUGGAAAAUACCUUCCAGUCUUUGUUAUAUCAUUGAGGAUGCUACGACGAACCGGAUCUCAUCUACCAGUCGAGCUGUUUGUGGAUACUGAGACAGAGAUGACAUCGCAUACAUGUCAAACGUUACUUCCUAGCAUGAAUGCUCGCUGCCUACGACUGGAAGACCGCCUUGGACGAUGGGCAAAGUACCUUGCCAGCUUUCAAGUAAAGGUGUUUGCGAUCCUGGCAUCUUCUUUCGAAAACGUCCUUUUCCUGGAUGCCGACGCCUUCAUGGCCAAAGAUCCUGCCCACGUUUUCACACAAGGCCCUUUCACAUCGACAGGUCUUGUCACCUGGCCAGACUUUUGGGCAUCGUCUGCUUCUCAACAUCUCUACGAAAUCACCGACCAACCUGUACCCGCAAUGAAUGCGCUCGCCUCAACAGAGUCUGGACAAUUACUGGUCUCCAAAGCCACCCACGCAUUGACUCUCCUACUAGCAGCCUACUACAACUACUACGGUCCCGACAGAUACUACCCCCUCAUGGCCCAAGGAGGUCCCGGAGAAGGCGACAAAGACUCCUUCAUCCUAGCCGCCCGAGCGGCAAAAGCACCUUUCCACCAGGUCAAAAAAUGCGUCGACACCAUAGGAUACUACGAGCAUGGCAGUUACCACGGAGGCGCAAUGCUCCAAUACGACCCCACACAAGAUUCCACAGAAACAGCGGCGAGCGUCAGCACAAUGGAGAAAAUGCCAGAUGCGUUUUCCGUACACCACAACAUCCCCAAAUACGAUCCAGUCCAGUUAUUUGAUAUGGGUGUACUCAUCGACUCGAAGACGGGUGUACCGCACAGAUUGAUAGGCACGAAACAAGAGACUGAGAAGAGAUUUGGAAGAGAUAUCGAGAGCGAGCUUUGGGAGGAGAUUGAGCAUGUGACCUGUAAACUUGAAGAUCAGAUUGUGGGUUGGAAGACGAUACCCACAUCAGAAGAUGAGAAGGGUACUUGUGACAAAGUGCGUUGGUAUCGUAAAGAGGUAUUUGGAUGAAGACGAACAGUAUUCGAUAAUUUCAAGAUUGGUUUUACCCGUAUGAGCUUGGAUCCUCGUUCUCUUACAGCUCUGAAUUUUGCGUUCUUUCUGUUCUUCCGAUUUCCGUUCAAUAAAAAGUGGCUGAACAAUUAAAUGUAUGAUUAUCUAUCAGGAAAU